GGUCUGCUUAUGCUGUUUGGAUCUGAAUUUUUUUCCGAACCAUUAAACCAGUCUGCUUUUUCGUAAAUUCUAAGAAGCUGGGAUGGCGGACGUAAACCCAAAUGUACGAGCCGCAUAUACAUUCGUUUGGACAGUUGAAAAUUUUACCCGCUCCAUUGAAUUGGAGUAUUUCAUUAGUCCUAGGUUCCUUGUAGACUGGUCAGAGAAAAUAGUAUUUCAUUUGGCGUUCAGAGCAAUUGACACUAAACCCUAUAUCGAUUGUAUACUUGGAGCUGGAGAUGACAACACCCUGAAAGACAUUGAAAUAGACUGCGAAUUAUCCUUAAUAGACGCCAAAGGUAGACCUCUGAUAACGAAAAAGGGACAAAGACGACCUGACCAAAAUUAUGCUUACGAGUUUCCAUCUUUGGUGAGGAAAAACGUGCUUUUGAAAAGAGUGUCAGAAUUCCUUCCGAAUGAUACUCUAACUUUCCGUUGCAGCUUGCGGAAGGCAGGCAUGAAAGUGGAAAGGCCCGCUUUGUGCUUCGGCAGAAGUGAAGUGGGUAACGAUUUCUAUUACUGGCCCAUAGAACGAUUCAGUUCUUUGAAAAUAGGUCAGAAGAAAUGCUUUCAGUUGCAGCCGAAGCUGCAUGUCAUUCCAACUUUGAAUGUCAAUCUCAACUUGUCCAGUAAUGGAGAAUACGUUCAACUUGAGAUAUCUUGCGGAAAUGAGGAAGUAUACAACGACACAAAGUGGGAGAUUUCCCUCAUAGAUUACGAAGGAAAAGUGUUCGUUUGUGAAAAUUGGAACUGGAAGUGCGGAUAUGAGAGAGAAACUCAUUUUUACCCACAAUUCGCCAAGAAAAGCGCAUUGUUGGGGAAAAAGUGUAUAUAUUUACCAAACGACGUGUUACUCUUCAGAUGUGAUUGCACCAGAGUGAUGAGUGAAAUUUUAUUCGAUAAUCAAGCAUCAAAUGUUGAAGAAAAAUAUAAACACGAUCGGAAAGCUUCUGCCCAUGAAGUUGAAAAAAACACAUUAACACGAUCAAGAAGCGUAUCAAUACCUAAUCCUUGUACAACUACCAGAAAAAGUGUUUCAGUAGAAAUAGAUUCCGAAGAAAAUAAACCCGAGGAGGAAUUUUCUACCCUUUUGAGACAAGAUUUAAUGAAUUUGUUCAACGAUCAUUUUUUGAGCGAUGUUGUACUUCAAGCUGGAACUGAAACAUUCCAAGUUCACAGAGCAGUUUUAGGUGCAAGGUCGCCAGUUUUCAAAGAAAUGUUCCAGAGUGGUUUUGAACAAAUUGAAAAGAAAGUGGAAAAACUAGACUUGGAUGCAAAAACUCUUCGCAAACUCUUGCUUUACAUCUACACCGGUGUGGUGGGAGAUCUUGAAUGGGAUGUAGCGGCUGAAUUAUAUUCCGCUGCUUCCAAAUAUGAAUUGAUACCGCUCAAGGAGAUGUGCUUAAACUUCUUAAUGACUAAUGUUUGUACAUCUAAUGCUUGUGAUAUCUUAAUAUUGGUACAACAUGAUGAAGCGAUGAAAACGAUUGUAAAAGAAUUCUUCUUGGAUUUCGGAACCGAUAUUAUACGCUCUGAAAAUUGGAAAAAAUUUCGGAAAAAUCAUCCUGAACUUGCAUCCGAAAUAAUGGAGUUCAUAUACUUGCAAAAAAUUGAUAAUUGAUAUUUCCAUCCUUAUUAGCAUAUCAAAUUUAUCAAAUAUAUCCAAACUAUCGAAUAACAAAUUAUUCAUAAAAUUGCAACUUAACCUUUUGCAAGCCUAAUGGGUCAAUUCUGUGCCAGUGCCCUACACAGUUGUGACAAAUCCGUUUUGAAAGGUUAAGGUAAGAACUUUUUAAGAGAAGUAGUCUGUAUGUCUUAUUCAUUUGUAUCGAAUUUUUUAUGAGAUUUUGACUUAUAUGAUCUAAUAAAACUUUAUUUAACUAUACAAAUAUGGAAUUUAGAGUCAUAAAAAUUAUUUUAGUGAUGUAAACGUAGUUUUUUAAAUUUCAUUUUCCCCAAAAUGUUGAAAAUUGUUUAACAAUAAAAUGUUUGAAAAUUGUUUAAUUUUCAAACAUGUACUUCUGAUUUUUUUUUUUAUCUUGUAAAGUUAUAUUAAUGAAUAUAUUUGAAAUUUUGUA